AUGGGCACUGACGAGUUUUUCUUAUUUCAUUUUCCGGCUGGGCUGGCGCAAGAAGUUCCCCCUGUAUAUCGAUUUCAUGGAAUUGGGGCUUUGUACUUGGUGUAUUAUAGCAUUCGCGCAAUCAGGGCUAGAUUUGCCAUGUUAUACUGCACUACAUGCAUUACUAUGACGAUAACUAUGGAAGAGCGGAAGCUAUCGAUACCAUCGUCCCUAGCGAUCAUCGAACGAUCGACGCCACGAGCCGUGCCCUUAUCUCCUUUUAGCCGGUUGUCAUCGUAUAUCUCUAUGCCUGCAGCAGAAACGAAAGAUCUAUUAAUAAUUACUGGUACUCUAUCUCUUGCAUCAGAAGUAAAGAGUAAUGAUCAAGCAGUCAUUCCACACGUUAUUAAGAUAUCGUCAUGCAGCCCUGAAUAA